CUUCGAAAAAUAGAUUCUAAGCCCAGAUUUUGGUCAAAAGAGAUAGCUUUUUUUUUUGUUCACCACCGAGAAAGAAACCUCGAACCGUCGGUGACGUGUACUCUCAAUCUCUUCUUCCUCUCUUUCAGACUUUCACAUCUCUUCUUUCUGUCUGUCGGAUAAACAUCACAACCCAGAAGAUAAAGCAUCCACCUUUCGGGCAAAUUUCAUCAUCAUCAUCAGCAGCCAUGUCUUACGAUUACCUCUUCAAGUACAUCAUCAUCGGCGACACAGGUGUCGGAAAAUCGUGCCUGCUUCUUCAAUUUACAGACAAGAGGUUCCAACCAGUCCACGAUCUCACCAUUGGUGUCGAGUUCGGUGCUCGUAUGGUCACCGUCGAUGGACGCCCCUUAAAGCUCCAAAUUUGGGACACCGCUGGACAAGAGUCUUUUAGAUCCAUCACUAGAUCGUACUACAGAGGAGCAGCUGGUGCUUUACUUGUUUACGACAUCACCAGGAGAGAGACGUUUAACCAUCUGGCGAGCUGGUUAGAGGAUGCUAGGCAACACGCUAAUCCCAACAUGAGUAUUAUGCUGAUUGGGAACAAAUGCGAUCUCGGUCACAAGAGAGCUGUUAGCAAAGAGGAAGGAGAACAGUUUGCUAAAGAGCAUGGACUCUUGUUCUUAGAAGCUUCUGCUAGAACUGCUCAAAACGUUGAGGAGGCCUUCAUAAAGACAGCAGCAAAGAUCCUCCAGAACAUCCAGGACGGCGUCUUUGAUGUAUCCAAUGAGUCAUCUGGAAUCAAGGUUGGCUAUGGUCGUCCUCAAGGUGCAGCCGGAGGAAGAGAUGGUGCCAUCUCUCAAGGAGGUGGCUGUUGUGGUUAAAAAGUUGAUCUCAAGAUGUGUCAAAAGUCACACACAUAUCUGAUGUAAUCUACUGAUUCAGUAACUACUCUUGUUUUUUUUUUCAUUAAUCUCUGCAAAUGGAUACAAACAGAAUGUAUAGUUUCCCUUUCUUUUGCUCUAUUUUCCCACUUUGUCUUUACCAAAAAAAACUAAACCGGUGAAUUUGAGAGUGAACAUCCUGAUCUUUAUAAACCAAACAGACUUUGACAUC